UGCAUGGUCUUCCGGAAGUGGCGUAAGUGACCAUGACCUUCCUGUCUUCUCUUCUUCAAUCACGUACAGUCAUGUAGACGAGACACACGGCGGGUCGCGGCAUGUAGGAGUAGAGAAAAAUCACUUCGCAAAGCGCCUCAUUGUCUGUUACUCUGUUUUUAGCUCCGUCAGGUUGAGAGGGAACAAUGAAGUAUUUCAGCUGCGCAGGCUCUCUGAAGAGCUCAUGGGACCAAGUGUUUUUGGCUUUCUGGCAGAGAUACCCCAACCCCUACAGCAAUCAUGUUUUAACUGAAGACAUCAUAUUUCGGGAGGUCACUCCGGACAACCGUCUGAUCUCCAGACGUCUCCUGACCAAAACCAGCAGAGCUCCUCGCUGGGCGGAGAAGUUCCUGCCUGCUCACAUGGCACAGAAGGCGUACAUCAUUGAGGACUCUGUAGUGGAUCCCGAGGGCAGGACCAUGACCACGCUCACCUGGAACAUCAGCCACGCUCGUGUGAUGAGUGUUGAAGAGCGCUGUGUGUACAGAGUGAACCCUGACAACAUCAGCUGGACCGAGAUCAAGAGAGAGGCCUGGAUUUCCUCCAAACUGUACGGCCUCUCUAGAGCGAUUCAGGAAUUUGGUCUUGCCCGGUUUAAGAGCAGCGUUACAAAGACCAUGAAAGGUUUCGAGUACGUCCUGGCCAAGAUGCAAGGUGAAAUGCCCACACGAACGCUGGCAGAAACCGCAACUGUGAAGGCACGGGAGACCGCACUCGCCGCCAAGGAGAAAGCCAAAGAUUUAGCCUCUCAAGCUCAAAAGAAGCAGUAUGUAUGAUGAGCGCACACGCCUGGAGGUGACUUCUGAAAAGAGCCGUGCCGUUCAAUGGAUGUGAGAUGCAUUUCACCAGGAGCUGAGAAGAUCAAAUCAUGCCUGUCUGGAUUCUCCGAAUGCAUUUAGUGAAGCCCAUGUUCUCUUCGACUGAAAUUCUCCAGUAAACUUGAUUUAAUACAGCACCAUCCUCCACCUGCUCCUGAUUUUACAUGAGACAUUUGCAUUUAUUUUUUUUUUGAUUGCUAAAUUAAUUUAAUUUCUCUGAUUUUGUCGAUGUAUUUCAAACAUGGCCUCUGAAUCUUCACAUUCACACUUACUGAGGUCUGUGAUCUGCCUUGUUUAGCAAUGUGAUCUGUUGCUUCAAAUUGAAGUUAUAACUGCAUCGAUGGGUCCACGGUUCAAGCAGUCAUUGCCGGCAUGAUAUCUAGAGUCUGAUCUUUGGCACGUGAAAACAUAUGCCAGAAAGGUUUGCAGUGGAAGAAGGCAAUGUCUAAUUAAAAGUGUGAAAGUUGUCAAACAAAUGUCCAAUGUUGAGUGCCUGAAAGAAAUGCAAUGUCUUGUAGCUCUUAAUUGUUCGUGAUCAACAGGUAUUACCAUUAAAUAUUUUCUAUUGGA